AUGUCUGCUAAGGAUUAUUACCACGCUGGUGGCCCACAAUACCCACCAAAUUCUUAUUCUCAACAACCUCCUCAAGGUGGCCAGGGCGGCUAUUAUCCUCCUCCUCCUCCUAAUCAAGGCUAUGGCGGUGGUGGCUAUCAACAGCCAUAUGGUCAACAACCUUACCCAAAUCAACAAUAUCCUCAACAGCCUGGUUACCAGCAACCUAUGUACGUAGCUCAAGGCAAGCACGGUAAACAAUCUGGUGGUAUGGGUGGUAUGGGCUCAGGUGGUGGCUGCAUGGCCGCUUUAGCUGCAUGCUGUGCAGGUGUUCUCGGCUGUUUAUGCUUAGACGCUAUUUUCUAA